AAAUGAUGAGCUGAUGAUAAUUUCUAAAUUUCCAAACAGGCAUCAGAUAGUCCCAAAAAAUCAAAAAGCAUUGCAAAAAAGAGGAGCACGUUUGGCGACCUAUAUGAUGACCUCGAAACUCAGUAUUCCGUAGUGGAGCGAGCAGAAAGAGUACAUGAACGUUUGGAAAACGAACUGCCUCAUUUUGUGAAGCAUAUGCUCAAAUCAAAUGUUAAAGGCGGAUUUUGGCUGCAUCCACCAAGAGAUUUUUGCAGAAAAUAUUUGCCCAAAAAUAACACAUCGAUUGUGUUGGUGGAUGAAUUGGGAACUGAGUACAUGACAACUUACAUUUACAAGAGCCUCGGCUUGAGCGCUGGAUGGAUGGGCUUUUCCGAAGCGCACAAGUUGAAGAUAGGAGAUAUAUUGUUUUUCCAUAUGACUGCGCCUCACGAAUUUAAGGUACACAUUGUGAGAGUACACCAUGUCGAUGAGGAUGUUUUGAGUGCAGCACUCUGUCUCAUGGAUAUGGAAGGAAGCAGCAGUGAUCUCGUGAAGACAAAGAAGAGGAGGGGGAGGAAGCCUAAGUACGGGGUGCCUUAUCAGCGUGUCAUUGCUGCUCCAGUAGAGAACUUCAAAGGCGAAAACUCAAUCCCUAGUCCUGUUCCAGAUUGUAGCAGCAACCCUUUUUUGCUCGGAAAUGGUUCAAAAAGGUCCUGAAAUCACGAAUGACCUCUGCUAUCCCGAGACAUCUUAUUUAUGUGAUCAUGCUCAUGAGGGCGUCACAUGUAGAUAGCUGUGCAAAGUCUCGAGGUUGGUUGUAGGCGGUACGAGUUUUUGAGUGGAUCCCGGACAUUACAUAUAGAUGCUUCAAACUUUGAUUUACAACGCGGAGAUGGUGAGGGGAAGAUGCAAAUAUUCAACGAAAUUGUGGAAAUGUAGAAACUUUGACAAAAGACCUUGAAUAUAUACUGACGUCUGCAUCCAAAGUAAAGAGAAACUAAAUACAAAGGCAGAUCUUGACUUGUCAUUUGAAAUUUGUGUUGGGUGCUUAAUUUAUUUCCAUUUUUAUUUAGUUUGCCCUUGUGAUCUGCUUUGAUGUGGGGCUAUGGCUUAGCAGUGAUAUUAUUUACAUACAAAUUAUGUAGGCGCCUUGAAAAGAAAAGAUUCUUAUACAUGCCUAAAAGAAGCAUAGGUGAUUGUUGUAUUUUCAAGAAAUACUGCAAAUGUUUUCUC